ACGUCACGGGGGCGGUGGGAAUCGAAACCACAGAGAAACGGGCGCUGGCGCUGAUUGGCUGCGACCGGAAGUGGGCGUGACUUGAUUCGCGCGCUAUCCGGCGCCUCCGGGCCGUGAGGGGAGGCGGUCGCCAUGUCGGGCCCGGCGGGGGAGGCGGGCGGCGCGGCCGCCAAGAGAGCCGAGUCUUUAGAGUCGUUAGAGCGCUGCGGGGUGUGCCGGGAGCGGCUCCGGGCCGAGAGGGAACCGCGACUCCUGCCCUGUCUCCAUUCCGUCUGUCGCGAGUGCCUCAAGGCCGAGAGCGGCGCGGAGGGCGAGGGGCCCGUGACCGACUGCCCCGUGUGCACUCACCGCUGUCCGCUGAGCGAUGUGGUGGAGAAUUACUUCCUGAGGGCCGCAGGGGCGGAAGCGGCGUCCGGCGAGGACACCACUCAGUGCUGCACCAGCUGUGAGGACAACGCCACCGCCACGAGUUACUGUGUGGAGUGUUCGGAGCCGCUGUGCGACACCUGUGUAGAAGCGCAUCAGCGCGUGAAGUACACGCGGGAGCACAGCAUCCGCCCCACAGACGCGGGACAGGCGAAGGCGCCGCCUCCGGCCGUGUUCUGUUCGCUGCACGAACAAGAGCCGCUCGUUAUCUUCUGCGACACCUGCGAGACGCUCACCUGCCGCGACUGCCAACUCGUAACCCACAAAGACCACCAGUAUCAGUUCUUGGAGGAUGCGGUGAAGACCCAACGGAAGGCGCUGGCGCUGUUGGUCAAACGUCUCGGAGACAAACAUUCCAACCUACAGCGUUCCACCAAGGAAGUGCGCACUUACAUCCGGCAGGUGACGGAUGUGCAGAAGCGCGUGCAGGUGGACAUCAAGUUGGCCAUCCUGCAGGUGAUGAAGGAGCUCAACAAGCGCGCCAAGGUGCUGGUGAGCGACGCCCAGAAGGUGAUGGAGGGGCAGCAGGAGAAGUUGGAGCGGCAGCUUUGGGCCAUGACCAAACUGCAGCGGCACCAGGAGCACGUCCUGCGCUUCGCCUCGUGGGCCCUGGAGAGCGACAACAGCACCGCCCUGCUGCUCUCCAAGAAGAUGAUCUCUUUCCAGCUGCUUCGCGCCCUCAAGAUGAUCGUGGAGCCUGUGGAGCCGCAGGGGGACGUCACCUUCCAGUGGGACCCCGAGGGCUGGGCCCGCAGCGCCGAGACCUUCGGUUCUGUGGUGGCUGAGAAGAAAGUGUCCCCAACGUCUCCUGUCCCCAAAGACCCCGACCCGACCCCGGGCAGCUCCCAGCCUCAGGGUCCCCCUGAAGCCCCCAACGGUGACGCCCCCCCCGUGUCCCCCCCACGUCCUCAGAGCCGUCCCGGGGGGGGCCCUGAGCCCCCCCAGAAUGGGGAGAUGCCCCCCCCACCCCCCACGGCCGAGGGACACCGCGAGGGGUCCUCAACGGAGCCCGAGACACCGGCGGCCACCGGCACCCGGCUCGCCAAUGGCACUUCCGAGGGCACCGUGACCGGAGUGAAGAGGAGCCCUCCGGAGAGUCCCGUCGGCGCCGUUCUCCGUAAGGUGCCGCGCGUCAGCCUGGAGCGCCUCGACCUGGAUCUGUCGGGAGCGGCGCAGCCACCCGUAUUCCGCGUCUUUCCGGGCUCUUCCGCCGAGGAUUUCAGCCUCAUCGUCAUCGAGAGAGGAGCGCAACCGCCGCCGCCGCCGCCGCCCGCCCGCGCCAUCAAGGAGGAGCAGCACGAAGCCGCCAUCACGGCGCAGGCGGUGGCGCCUCCGGACACGAAGGUGGACGUGAAGCCGCCGCUGCCGCUGCCCAAGGGCUCCGGAGGCCCUUCCCCGGGAUCGGGUUCCGCUGUCCACGUCUCGUGCUGCCGCGUUUGCCUCCAGGACGGCUCCGUGGUUAUGUGCAACCGCUGCCACCGCUGCUUCCACCUCGACUGCCAUCUGCCCCCCCUGCUGCAGAUCCCCAGCGCCGAGUGGAAGUGCCGCCUGUGUCAGGAGCUGCCGCCCUGCGGCGCCGCCGUCAAGGAGGAACCGGGCGACAAACUGAGUCCUCUGGAUCAGCAGAAAUGCGAGUACGUGCUGCUGGAGCUGCUGUGCCACGAGCCGUGCCGCCCCCUCCACCGCCUCUCCAGCUCUGCCGACGGGGGCGAUGCCAUCGAUCUGACGCUGAUCCGCGCUAAACUGCAGGAGAAGCUCAGUCCCCACUACGGACACCCCGAGGAGUUCGCCCGCGACGUCUGGAGGAUGAUCCACCAGUUCCACCGGAUCACCGAGGACAAGGCCGACGUCCGCUCCAUUCUGGGGCUGCAGCGAUUCUUCGAGGCGCGACUCAGCGCCGUUUUCGGGGACCACAAGUUCUCGUCGGGACUGCUGGAGCCGACGAUCCCCCUGGACGAGGCCGAAGGCUCCUCUCCGCCCCUCCUCGCCCACACGGGAUCCUGAUGAUCCGGAGUCACUCCAGAUCCCCCUGGACGAGGCCGAAGGCUCCUCUCCGCCCCUCCUCGCCCACACGGGAUCCUGAUGAUCCGGAGUCACUCCAGAUCCCCCUGGACGAGGCCGAAGGCUCUCCCGCGCCCCUCCUCACCCACACGGGAUCCUGAUGAUCCGGAGUCACUCCGGAUCCCCCUGGACGAGGCCGAAGGCUCUCCUGCACCCCUCCUCGCCCACACAGGAUCCUGAUGAUCCGGAGUCACUCCAGAUCCCCCUGGACGAGGCCCAAGACUCUCCCGCGCCCCUCCUCGCCCACGCAGGAUCCUGAUGAUCCGGAGUCACUCCAGAUCCCACUGGAUGAGGCCCAAGGCUCUCCCGCGCCCCUCCUCGCCCACACGGGAUCCUGAUGAUCCGGAGUCACUCCAGAUCCCACUGGACGAGGCUGAAGGCUCUCCUGCACCCCUCCUCGCCCACACGGGAUCCUGAUGAUCCGGAGUCACUCCGGAUCCCCCUGGACGAGGCCGAAGGCUCUCCUGCACCCCUCCUCGCCCACACGGGAUCCUGAUGAUCCGGAGUCACUCCAGAUCCCACUGGAUGAGGCCCAAGGCUCUCCCGCGCCCCUCCUCGCCCACACGGGAUCCUGAUGAUCCAGAGUCACUCCAGAUCCCCCUGGACGAGGCUCAAGAUUCCCCUCCGCCUCUCCUCACCCUCCCGGCAUCCUGAUCCCAGUGAUCCGGAGUCACUCUGGAUCCGACAGACCCUGAGGGAGGGGAGGGUGGAUUGGGCUCCUCCUCAUUCCCCUCUUUUAUUGAAGAAAUAAAACUUUCCUCUUCAGCUCCGGCGGUUCCG